AAAUUCACCGAGUGGAACGGUUUUAGAGAGAGAAACGCAACAAGUUUAAUUUAAAGAGAGAGAAGGUGUUAGACUUCUUGGAUUUCAUAAGACCGCUAGCCAUAGCUUUAUCCCAUCAAAACAAAAUUGAAACAAGACUAAAGAAAAAGAUUUUUUAUUUUUAUUUUUUGUUUGAAGAAAGUCUUCUUCAAUUUCAGAGAAAGAUGGCUACCUUAAUAUAGUCUUUGUCUUUUGCUUCUUUUGCAUUCAAUUCUUUUAGUUCUAUCUCCUCCACCAUCACCGACUCAACCUCUUUCUCUCUCUAGCUUUGUAUGUAUAUAUGUGUAUUGAUUAUGGUGAUCUUCGAUUUCUAUAAAAAGUGAAGAAAACUAUGCCGCCGGCAGUUUCGGAGCGAGAAAGGAAGUUCUCUUUCUCUCUCUAACUUCAGACUGAUCCUCUCAUGGACUCAAACAAAAGCAGCGGCGCUCACAAGAAAAUCGAGCUCCAGAUGCAGCAGAAUCAACUCCUCCAUCAUUAUCAUCAAAAUCAGCAAAAUAAUCAGAUAUCAUUUGGGAUGAUGCAGCCAUCCUCAUCAUCUGCCAUUCCAGGAAGCUUCAACAUAAGCAAUGAUUCUAGCACCUACGACUUGGGCGAGCUGGAUCAAGCUCUUUUCUUGUACCUCGAUGGCCAAGAUCAUUCAGCUCACGAGCACAAACAAAAUUCUGGGAUGAGGCCACCAACUCUGAACAUUUUCCCUUCACAGCCAAUGCAUGUAGAGCCAUCAGCUACAACAUCAAAGCCAAGUAGUACUGGAUUAGUUUCGCCAUCAACCAGUGGCUCCAAGAGAUCAUCUGAGCCGUCAAAUGAGUUAUCCAACCCUAAAAAUAAUGCUGCUUCGGCUCCUGGACCGGGCAAAGCAGUUAAGCGUGAGGGAAACCGCAAAGGGCCUACCUCAAGUUCGGAGCAAGAAGGACCAAAAACACCGGACCCCAAGACGCUGAGGAGGCUUGCUCAGAAUAGAGAAGCAGCUAGGAAAAGCAGGCUUAGGAAAAAGGCUUAUGUUCAACAGCUAGAAUCAAGUAGGGUGAGGCUUUCUCAAUUAGAGCAAGAAAUACAAAGAGCUAGAACCCAAGGGUUUCUUAUAGGAGGAAAUGGUUUAGGAGGAGACCAAGGCGGCGUUCCUGUUGCUAUGAGCAACAUAAAUCAUGAGACGGCCAUGUUUGACAUGGAGUACGCCCGGUGGCUGGAGGAGCACCACCGCCUAACGGUGGAGCUCCGGAAUGCCGUGCACGACCACCUGCCGGAGAAUGAGCUCCGGCUCUUCGUCGACAACUGCGUGGCACAUUACGAUCAGGUCAUCAACCUGAAGACCAUGAUCGCGAAAUCCGACGUCUUCCACCUUGUCUCCGGCAUGUGGAAGACGCCGGCCGAGCGCUGCUUCAUGUGGAUGGGCGGCUUCCGGCCGUCCGAGGUCAUUAAGAUAAUAUUGAGUCAAAUAGAACCAUUGAGCGAGCAACAACUCCUAGCAAUAUGUGGGCUUCAACAAUCAACUCAUGAGGCAGAGGAGGCUCUCUCACAAGGCCUUGAAUCUCUCACUACUUCUCUAUCAGAAACCAUUGCUUCCGACUCACUCACAGUCCCUCCUAACAUGAACACUUACAUGGCUCAGAUGGCCGCCGCCAUCAACAAGCUCUCCACCCUCGAAGGCUUCAUUCAACAGGCAGAUAAUCUGAGGCACCAAACUAUCCACCGGCUGCACCAAGUCCUGACGACUCGUCAAGCCGCGCGGUGUUUUCUGGCGAUCGCCGAAUACUUCCACCGCCUCCGUGCCCUCAGCUCGCUCUGGGUGGCGCGCCCUCGACCGGAGUAAAACCCUGCCGCUUGACUUAAUUUAGAUAUCGAUCGUUUGCUUUUUUUUAUCUAUGGGGAUUUUCUUUUUUGGUUUAUCAUAGGUUAUGUACGUAGGUAGACAGAGAAAUGUAAAAAUUAAUUAAUUAAUGGUAGAAGUAGAAGUACUGAUCGAUCAACAAUUAAUUUACAUUUUUUUUUUCUCGA